UGGUAUUAGUUAGCAGAGUAUUUCACACUCCUCGUGGGAACGAUCUGUACUUGCCAUUGUCUACUAGUUAGACGCUGUGCACUUGCAGUAUUUUAUUGUAGGUUUCCCAACCUACCAGCAUCCAGUUUAGUACUGAUUUGAUCACCAAUAUCUUUAAAGCAAAAAUGAUAGAAAACAUGUCACUUGUAACAUAUGUAUUGACGUGUUUAAUUCUCAAGGAUUCUCUAUGUGAUGGUAGAUUCUAAAAUAUAUGAAGUGUGACAAAGAUCUCUAUCAAAAUAAUUGACCGAACUUGACACGGAAAUAGCUCAGCUGAGUAACCAAUCAGAUCCAAGGACUAGAAUUUUGCUUGUUUCAACUGGGACAUUUUGCUGGGUAAAGAAUAAAGAUCCGUAUGAGUCAGUACUGACAAUGAGCAUAUUACUGGUGCAUCAAUUCCACAACGCCUCAGUGUAAAACCAUGACAAUGUUUGAGAUGUACAUCUUCAUCAUCAUGAGCAUAUUAUUGGUGCAGGUUCUGUUAGGCUAUAAUCUUUCAGCCACAGCCUAGUGCCCUGUGUUAUAUUAUGAUUGUGGUAUUCCGUUGUAGUAAGGAUUGAUGUAAACACCUCAUUUGUAUCUAUUGUGGUAUGCGUUACUGCAUAUUUUAUAUCUAGCUUCAGAAAUUUACGUGCUACUGCUCAGUUGUUUCUUGAAAUGCUAACUCAUGAGGUCUUCUGUCUACUAGGAUGGCGCAUUACGACCUUCUGAACUUGAUGAUCUUUUUUCAACUGCACCAGAAAGGAUUACAGUACAUGGAGUGAAGCUCCAUAUAAAGGAUUUGCUGAGAAGACUGCAUUAGGAGGGUUAUCCUUUGAUGGAUUCUUGGCACAGAUGCAAUAUAUGUGAUGCAGUGGGCCCUUAUGACAUUAUUAGAUCCGGUUAAGAGCAUAGCCAAUUUGGUUUACAUCGGAUACCAAGGAGGCAUUGCCUCUGUCCUGCGUAUAACCAGACGAAGAAGGUUACACCGCAAGAAGCAACAAUCAGAUAGAAAUGUUUUCCAGUGCUUCUUCGUCUUUGGACCUAAAGGUGCUGGGAAGUCAUCAUUGUUGAACUCUUUUGUUGGAAGGCCUUCUUCUGAUGCUUAUUCUCCAACCACUACAGAAUGCUUCGCUACCAACACUGUUAAUCAUCUUGGGGGAAACAAGAAGACCCUAAUAUUACGAGAAAUACCGGAAGACGGUGUCAAGCGUUUGUUAUCCAGCAAAGAGUCCUUGGCAGACUGUGAUGUUGCAAUUUUUGUACAUGACAGUUCUGAUGAGAAGUCAUGGAAAAGAGCAACAGAAUUGUUGGUGGAUGUUGCUACUCAUGGUGAAGACACCGGUUUCGAGGUGCCUUGCCUCAUCAUUGUGGCUAAAGAUGAUCUUGAUCCUUUUCCACUGUCCAUACAAAAGUCAACCAGGAUGCCAUAUCUCUCUCUCUCUCUCUCUCUGUUGCUCUCGUUAAACUUUGUUCAGGAUAGGGAGAUAAUAUGCGCUAGAUGUCACUAUACAAUUGGCGGGACGUGAGGGGAUAGGGAUGCAGGGGAUCCGGAGCCGUGAUGGUGUACACUGUAGGCUUCACUACCGAGCAUUCCUUUAUCGGACCUAAAAACCGUAGUCUCCGAACACCAAAAGCGGCCCCCUGUCUGUACGGUACGGUUUUCCAGUGCCUAAAAACCACUGUUUAUAUAUAUGAUAUAGCCGCUUGUUGUUGGCUACUUUCA